AUCCAACCAGUCCAUCUCCUUGCACAGCCAAACAAAUCAGAGAAACUGUUAUGUGAAUGAGAGGAAAACAAAAAAAAAGGCAAAAGGGGUGGAAACAGGGACAAGAGAAGGAGUGGAGGAGGAGAGGAACCUGCUUUAAAAAGCACCCCAGCUCACCUGCACACUCAUUUAUGGGCAAGCAGUCACACUGAUUGGCAUCAACACCAGGACAGAGAAACACAGACCCACAUACACAGGCAUUAUUUGUAGGAUUAUGGCCUCCUCUGUGUCUGGUAAUGGGCUACCCACUGGCUGCAAGGUGUUCACCACCAUGCCUGAUAUCCUCUUCAUACCGGAGUUCAUAUUCGGCGGGUUGGUUUGGACGCUGGUAGCUUCCACCCAGGUGGACCCUGCAAAUCCUCAAGGAUGGGUGAUGUUUGUGUCCGUUUUCUGCUUCGUCUUCACCACCCUAUGGUUCUUCAUUUUCCUCUGUGGGGCGAACCAGAGCAGCAUUUGGCCUGGCUUGGACGUUGCAUAUCAUUUCAUCGCAGUGGUCUUCUAUUUGAGCGCAUCAGUAGUGUUGGCUUACAUCACAAUCAUCAUUGGAAAUGGUGCCAGCAUAAGUAGCAUUAUUCUCAAGAUCUAUCAAGAGGACAUCUCUGCUGUGGUGAUGGCUCACGUGGCCACACUGCUGUACUUCAUCCAUGCGAUCCUAUCUGCUCUUCGAUGGAAAUCCUCCUGAAGCAGCCAAAGCGCCAAACCAGCCAGCAAGUCAUAUGAAAGAACAUGAAAGAAGAUUAUGUGGCAACAAUCUCCAGCUCCCGAAAGACAACCUGGCAACCACCCCAUCUCAAUACCAUACAACCCACUCAAACAUAACCUGGAAACUGUGUCCAUGUCAGUGAUGUCCCUGGUCCAUCCAGAACCUAAAUCAAACAGCAAAACCCCAUCUGAAAGGCUGACUCAUCCUGGCAACCAUUCCCGUUACUUUAACUGGUCUUCAAGUACCACCCUAUCAAUAAAUGGACCAACACAGCUGAUAAUUAACUGAAAACAAAACUGAGAAUCAGAUGGUUGAGCUGACCAAUAUAAAACUCCUGGACCUUCUCAAACAUGUAUGUUCGAUGUUUUCCCUAUGCAGCAUUUUUAGGUCUAUUAUGAGUUUAUCGAGUUUUCUUUUGGCCCAGUCUCAUUUCAUUAAAGGCCUGUAAAUCUGUCUUGAUUUUACAUUUCAACUUAGACUAGAUUUGCGUGAAAAAUGAUAUGUAUUUAGUAGAAACCAACUGGUGUUUUGUAUGUUCAAUCUGGAGGAUUACGUAAUAAAUAAAAUUAUUUUAUACAUUUA